AUGAACCAAGUAGGUCAAGACAGUUUCCUGAAAUGCUGCCCAGAUAUCCAAUCAUGUACAUUCUUAAAAGAUGGUGUUCAGAUUGCAUCUGGAACGUAUCCUCAUUUGGGGCCGUACUAUGUUACACCCGGUUAUGUAUUCAUUUCCGGAAUUAAGGAGGAACGUCUGUUUUUGCAAAUUAUGAUUUUGAUGAUUAAGGACACAAUGAAGCUUUUGGAUCGAACUGUUGGACAGGGAAAUAUUGGUUACGAUGGGAUUACUUUUGCAAACCACUCCGAUUAUCACAAGAGGAAUAAUGCGCAGCGCGGGAUAGCCAAUAAUCCUGUAUUCAAAGUGAAGGGGCAGUUCGUGGGAAUGUUGUUAUUAUUUGUACGCACACAUGAGUUUCUUGAAAGAAGUGUAAUUUAUUAUAACGAUCGAGCAGACUUGAUUGGAUUCAAAGACGGACAGUUUGUCAAUUUAUCCCCACGUCUUAUGGUUUGGGAGGGUCAACUUGGUGGUGGAUUCGAAGGUCUUCGUCAAAAGGGUUGGAGCAUCGUAAACCGGUCAGUUAUAGAACGAGAGAUAUACGAUGAAGAAAAUCUGAUAAUGGAGAUUAAAAAUGUAGCCAAUUACAACUCCGCCAUAGUGAAAGCAAUCGUGGAAGGAGAUCGGAUGUUUCAAAAUGUUGAGACUCCAGCAGAUUUGGAGAGAAUGAUUGUGAAAUUGCUGUUUUUAGAUCCCUCUUUGAGCGGAAUCAACGGAAUGAAUUUGAACAGCGGUAGCUGCACAAUAUGGGAUUUCUCUGCGACUAGAUCAGACGAAUUAAGACUCGAAUCAUUGGGCGGAGCAGUUUAUGGCAUGACGAUCCCUAUCCCGUCUGAGUUGCUGGGGAAGAUCACGGAAGGAACAAGUAACUGCGCAGAGUGUCGUGGUAAUAAGUACCAUUGCCAAUACUUAUCGGAUCAACCACCAGUGAAAGCACAACUCUGUUCCACCCGUGGGAAAAGGAAGUAG